AGAUCUUGAAAUAGGUCAACAUAGGUUGUUGUGGGGUGCCAACUUGCAAGUUCAAUGGAGUAGUUUUAAAAUAGUAAAUGUUACACGAAUAUUUUUUGUUAAUCUGUCUUUUGGCUCCCUCUGCUGGUGAAAAAAAAUAAAGCACGACUCAUCUCUUGAAUUGCAGUACAGUAGUUACCAUAUGUAUUUUUCUCAAAUGAAAACACAACCCACUUCUCUGUAAGGUUAGGAGGAGCUAUUGUUCCCUCUACCCAGUGGUUUGUUUGAUUUAGCGUCAGACUCAAGAUGGGUUAUUAUUACCUGCCAGCUGUAUUUCCCUCAGGGGUGGAUUUUAAUUUGAUGCUUUGACAAUGGAAAGGUGCUGACUCACUGUAAACCCUGCAUGCUCGACACAACAUGCCCCAACAUUUUAUAAAUUUGCAGAACACCUUAGUUAUUAGUCACUUCUCAAGUCGGUGUAUUACUUGAAAAUAAUUAAAGCAGUGGGCCUAAACAUGUCCAGCUGCCUCGCCCGUCUCUUUUCUCAGCAGCUCAUUCAGAUUAACACCGUGGUGUGCCCCAAAUCAACAUGCUCCAGUGCUUCUUUCAGACUCCUACAGGAGAGGUCUGCUAGGUGUUGACCUCACGGGGUGCUUCCAACUGUCGAAUCAUGGGAAGGUGGUGAGGGAAUUUAAACGAAAAGACGGGCCAUGAGGAGGUUUGAAGAUUAUGGUCAGAUCCAGUAUUUGACAGCCAAGUGUAUACGUUUGGCUCGAGACAAAGGAGUUGGUGGAGUUGCUACAGCAGCGUGUGAUCAUCCUGGCAGGGGAGAGUGAGCAUGAUGCCGAGCUGCUGCGUCAAGUGUACUCGGAACUGCUGUGCCUCCAGAGCUCCGAGGUGCGGCUGGAGGGCCUGGUGGAGGAGCUGCACUCCAGGGCCCACGGCGGUAACGCACAGAAAGAAGGCCUCCAGGCGGAGCUACAAAUUAAGACGGCGGCGUUGGAGCAGCUUCGUGACGCCAAUAAGAUGCUGGCGGAGGAGCUGAUGGAUUUGCGUUUUACACAUGAGGAACAGGUGAGAGCUCUGCAACGAGAAAAUGAGGGUGGUGCGAGGAAGCUCCAGGAGACAUUGGAGCAGUUUGAGUGGCUGUGUCAUCAACAGCGCUACUGGAUGACGCACGUCAAAAGCUUUAAAGACUAUAUUUUGAAGGAGAGAGAAGGCCUUCUUCAGCAGGUACGCACACAGGAAAAUCAGGCGAAACAGUGGAAGAAGUCAUGCGAUCAUGUGCGCCGACACUGCCCCCUAGAGGACCACGACUGCUGUAACAGAAGCAGUACAUCCUCAUGGGACACGAAAGAGGUGACAGUCACGUAUGAGGAGCGCCAUGAGCAGAAAGACAAUCUUGCUGGAGGAACAGGGACCGCUGGAGGGAAAACGCGAGGAUGUAAGACAAUUCCAGCUGAUUUUGAGACCAGUAAGGCUCAUCAGAAGACCAACGCAACCUGUUCCAGGAGCAUUUUUGACUUGUAAUUGGAAAUAAAUGAAUCCCUCAGA